UUGUUCGGCGUCACAGCAGAACAUGUUGGGGCAAGUAUCACAGGCGGUGAAAAUAAACACAAAACUCUUAAAUGUACUUUGAAACUUCGGUCCUGCUGUAGUUGCCUGUAGUAAUUUAGCUAAUAACAUACCGCCCUCUUGGCCAAUUGUGUGAAAAUCGCCAGAAUGUUCACUUUUAAGCGAGUUUUGUCCGUCAGAGGCAUCAUUGUACCGCAAAGCACCUCCCUCGGUGUGAGCCACUUUUCUGCUUGUCAUUGCUUACGAGCACCCAAAAGAAACAGUCCGUACAGUACAGUGGACACUGAGCGCUACUCUUAUCUUGUGAAGUCUGUCAUGUCGAGCAGGAUCAGUUCCCAAACCCCAGAGACCCUCCAAGCGGAAGACGAACACGUUUAUGGACCUGUUGUCAAAGCUCAAACUCCUGCAAGACCAGAGACGAGGGUGCCUAAAAUCCUUCAUCCGUUCUUAAACUGUCAAGAGACUCUAGAAACCGAAGAGCCAGAAUCAGGACCUCCAGCUCGGAUUGUGUUAAACAGAGGACAAGGCAGGUCUCUGGUACCGAGUGUGACCCGCAUCCUUCAGCAGACCCUUUCCCCAGAUCAGAUUUUCUACCUGGAGAGAUGGAAGAAGAAGAUGAUUGCGGAGCUUGGAGAGGAAGGCUUCAAAGAAUACAGCCAAAAUUUGUUUAGACAAGGGAAGCUUUUCCAUUCAGCUUUGGAGGAUGUUCUUAUGUCACAUGCAACAUGGAAAGACAGAAAUCCUUCAGAGUAUCCACCUGAGGUGCAGGGAUACAUGCAGAGUGUCUCUGACAUCCUGGAAGACAUCCGUGCAGUGAGAGCUAUUGAAAGCACCGUACAGCAUGAAACGCUGAACUACCUGGGAGUUGUGGAUUGUGUUGCUCGCUACAGGGGUGUACUGUGUGUUAUAGACUGGAAGACUUCCGAUAAACCCAAACCAUUCCUAAGCAACACAUAUGAUAAUCCUAUUCAAGUAGCGGCCUAUGCUGGGGCUUUAAACAGUGAUGCCAACUACAAGUACCAGGUUGAAAAUGGACUCAUUGUCGUGGCCUACAAGGAUGGCUCUCCUGCUCAUGCUCACCAGCUCAACUCAGAGCUGAUGUUGGAGUACUGGAAAACUUGGUUGCUGCGACUUGAAGAAUUCACAGAAAAAAGAUCCAGCUGUGCAUCAAGUGCAGAAAAGAAAUGAGUUGUGGAGAGAAAAAAAAUCUAGCAUGUUCGUUAAAUAAGAGGGCCAAAAAAGAGCUAUUAUCCACAUUUCUGACUACCAUUGUUAUUCCAAUCCUUUUCUAAA